AUCUGGCUCGCCUUGCGAAUGACGAUGAUGUCAUGUUGCUCGAUUGGAGCAAUUACAUCGAAUCAGAAGUCGAGCAGCUGAUCCAGGUCGCUCUCCUCUGCACGCAGAGCUCCCCGAUGGACCGGCCCAAGAUAUCGGAAGUGGUGAGGAUGCUAGAAGGCGACGGGCUGGCAGAGAAAUGGGACGAGUGGCAGAAGGUGGAGGUUCAUCAGCAGGAGGUAGAGCUCGCCCCCCACCCGACUUCCGAUUGGAUAGUCGACUCGACUGAAAAUUUACACGCCUUCGAGUUGUCUGGUCCCAGGUGACCUACAUGGAGAAACCAAAAAGAAGAAAAUUGUUAGGCACUUUAAUUUUUGAGAUGUCACUUUCUUAGGGUUGAGGAAUUAACAAAUUUGAUUUAUGGUAUGGGGUGGCAUUGUGAACUUUGUCUUGU